CCUCAUCUCCUCCCCUCUUGAUAAUGGCGUCCGUAUCUCCACGCUUCGACCUCUCCCUCGGGCUCGAAGGCACCCACGUCCUCGUCACCGGCGGCUGCGGUCUCAUCGGCUGUGUUGUGGUAGACGCUUUCCUUGCUGCGGGCGCGAAUGUUAGUGUCUUGGAUCUAGGUGAAGUUAUCGCGAAGCGGGAGCAUUAUCGUGGGGAGAAAAGCAUGUAUGAAGGCUUGGCGACGGCGAAUUUGGGAUUCUACGGUGUGGACAUUCGGGAGCACGAGAGUGUGGCGGGAGCUUUUGAGCGCGCAGAGGGAAGUGGGUUUGGACCUGUGGAGUGUUGUGUUGCCCUUGCGAGUCUGGAUUUGAGCAGUCUCCCAAUGAGCGAGGGGGGAAUAUGCGAUGCAGAUCCGGAGGUCUGGCAAUCUGUGUUCCAGACAAACAUCUCAGGCACUUUUCUCACAGCGCAACGCUGGCUCCGCGGGAUCCGGGAAACGCUUAAAGAACCUGGUGAUGCUUCUAGGCUUAAGAAUGUCGGCUUGAUUAUCAUGGGGAGCGAGAGUGGGGCCUUUGGGGUCCCGGGCUGUCCAGCGUAUGCAGCGGGGAAGGCGGCGGUGCAGGUUGGACUGCUGAAGAGUCUAGCGAGGGAUGUGCCCAAGGUAUAUUUGAAGGGGAGGGUUAACGCUGUUGCGCCUGGUGCUGUUGAUACGGUGAGGUUCAGGGAGGAGUGUGAACGGUAUCCGCAGGAGUGGGUUUAUGCGGAAAGCGAGGCCACUGUUGCACUGGCAAAGCCCGUCCCCCCGGAGGACGUGGCAAGGACGAUUUUGUUUCUGGCGAGUGAGAGAUGGAGCGGGAGUACGCAUGGACAGUUGCUGCAUGUUGACGGAGGCAAGAUGGGACCCCUGGUUUGGCAGCCUGGCGAGGCGAAAAGGGCGCGCAAUUGA